CUUCAGGAGACAAAAAAUAAUGCCCCGGUUGCGCCCCUCCCUCUUCUGGCGUGCCAGGCGGGAGAUAUCCCCCAUGGCCGCCAAGCUCCUACCGGCUUGUCGAGACCUGGAGUCGGCCGCCAACGAGCUGCGCUGGAUCCGCGAGUAUGUCCGAGACACCAAGUCACCCAUCCCUGAUGAACUUCGGGUCUGGCAGCUCGCCGAAAAACGUGGCCGGGGCAUCCCGCUGCAAUAUGUCCUCGGGACGCAACCGUUUGGUGAUAUCGAGAUCAAGUGCCGGCCAGGGGUACUCAUUCCGAGACCCGAAACAGAGGCCUACACCCUCCACCUCGCCUCGCUGCUCUCCCAGUCUUCCCCACCACCCACUUCCCUCUCAAUCCUAGACCUCUGCACCGGCACAGGUUGCAUCCCUCUCCUCCUCCUUCACUCCCUCCUCAUCCCCCUCCGCGCCCCAACCCCCAUCUUCCUCCACGGAGUCGACAUCUCCCCCGCCGCAAUCCGUCUCGCCCGUGCAAAUCUUACUCACAACACCCCUGCCCUCAACCGCUUCCCACAUGCCUCCUCCUCCUCCUGCCCAUACAACCUCACCUUCUCCCAGUUCGACAUCUUUUCUCCCUCCCUCAUCACCCACCUCCAACACUUCCUCAACCCCCAAAUACACACCCCCACACCCACAGGCACAGGCACAGGCACACAAGAUCAAAAUACCGAACCACCAACAAAAAUACCAGAUCUCCUCGUGUCCAACCCUCCCUACAUCUCCCCCCGCGACUUCAACUCCGCCACAGCCAGAGCAGUCCGCAACCACGAGCCGCGCCUCGCACUCGUUCCCCAACAACAGGAGGGACUCAGCCCCAUUCACAGGUACCGUCACGAUAGAUAUAACUGCCGUCCCGAAGACGUCUUUUACGCACGCAUCCUGGAGAUUGCCAGCGUCCUCAAGCCAAAAAGGGUGCUGGUGGAGGUGGGCGGGUGGGAGCAGGCUUUGAGGGUUGUGAGGCUGGUCCUUGAGAACAGUACUGCGGCGACGAGUAGGAAUAAUGAUGGUGGGCAUAAGAGUCAAGAAGAGUACAAUCUGGUGGAGGUGUGGCGAGACGAGCCGUCGGCUGGUGACAAGGGGGAGAGGGUUGAGGUUGCCGGGAGGGAGGUGGUCGUGCAAGGGGAGGGAAGAGGUAGGGCGGUUUACUUGUCGCGAGUUUAACAGGAGUGAAUGGCCAUCACACUGUAAGAUACGAGAGUCAAUGGCAUUGAUCAUGUUCAAAGGGUAGAUAGGCAUACAGGUACUCU